AUGCUCUGUGGUACGAAUGCCCUAACCCCCAGCAACGACCCCCGACAAGUCCAAACAAAGCCAUACUACAACUACAACAUCGGGCUCUUUCCCCAAGCAGUCCUCAAUCAUAGGGUACACCUCCUCGCAACUGAUCCGAAGAAAGUCAUCACAAUUGACCCACCCUCCGUGACUCGAGCAUACGGCACCCAGCCUUCACCCGAAACAGAAAACCCCGUUGACAUUGCUACAUUCGGAGAGACGGUGAAAGCCCCCCUGGGGACCUUUAUCUAUGAUAGAGCCGGCGAUGAAGGUGCCAACUGCAAAGUGGGCUUUUACGUAAAACACCAAGAUGAAUGGGACUGGUUGAGGACGUUCCUCACAACUGAUAAGAUCAAAGAGUUGCUGGGCCCUAUUGAGUAUUCGGGCAACCCAAUCGACCGAAUCGAGACACUGGGAUAA